UAUCUGCGUACCAGCUUUCUUCAGAGGGGUUCACUGACUGACAGCCGGUUGCUAAGCCAGUUAGCCAACUGCUAAGCGGAGUUAUCAAGGUUGUACGGUCACAGUUCUGUUGUAUUAGACGACACCUGGCUUCCUAUAGCUACACAUUUAUGGUAGAGUGUAGUUGCCUGUCUUACGUGAGUCGACGUCAACUGAAAUAGGGUGCUCCCUGAAUGACUGGCUAGCUAGCAAAGAGGAGGGUGGGGAAAAAACUUCCAAGACCUCGCCCAGCUGUCGCUUCAUUCCAACAGGCAGCUACUCUUUUGAGCGGAGAGAGAGAGGGACAGAGAGGGAGAGAGAGAGGGAGAGAGGGAGAGAGGGAGAGAGAGAGAGAGAGAGAGAGAGAGAGAGAGAGAGAGAGAGAGAGAGAGAGAGAGAGAGAGAGAGAGAGAGAGAGAGAGAGAGAGAGAGAGAGAGAGAGAGAGAGAGAGAGAGAGAGGGCUCCCCCAACACCUAACCAGAUAAUUAUCCAACGGAAGACGGACACGGCUGUUUCAACGAAGGGCAGAAAUCAGUCAUCAUGUUCAGAAAGAACUUGAAGAAGGACCCGGAGCUGUUUCAGAACGUGUCGGAGGGGCUGCGACGGCUCUACCGGACCAAGCUGUUCCCUCUGGAGGACGCGUAUCGGUUCCACGACUUCCACUCCCCUGCGCUCGAGGAUGCCGACUUCGACAACAAACCUAUGGUGCUGCUGGUGGGUCAGUACUCCACGGGCAAGACCACCUUCAUUCGACACCUCAUGGAGCAGGACUUCCCCGGUAUGCGGAUUGGCCCCGAGCCGACAACGGACUCGUUCAUCGCGGUGAUGCACGGCGAACAGGACGGGGUGAUACCGGGUAACGCGCUGGUGGUCGACCCCAAGAAGCCCUUCCGCAAACUCAACGCCUUCGGCAACGCUUUUCUGAACAGGUUCAUGUGUGCCCAGAUGCCUAACCGCGUCCUGGAGAGCAUCAGUAUCAUCGAUACUCCUGGAAUUCUGUCUGGGGAGAAACAGAGGAUAAGCAGAGGUUACGACUUUGCCGCAGUGCUGGAGUGGUUUGCAGAGCGCGUCGACCGCAUCAUCCUCCUGUUCGACGCUCACAAGCUGGACAUCUCGGACGAGUUCUCCGAGGUCAUCCGAGCACUGAAGAACCAUGAGGACAAAAUGCGCGUGGUCCUGAACAAGGCGGACCAGAUCAGCACCCAGCAGCUGAUGAGGGUUUAUGGAGCUCUGAUGUGGUCUUUGGGAAAAAUCAUCAACACACCUGAGGUGGUGCGUGUGUACAUUGGGUCUUUCUGGGCGCAGCCCUUGUUGGUCCCAGACAACAGGAAGUUGUUUGAAGCAGAAGAGCAGGACCUGUUCUUGGACAUCCAGUCGUUGCCACGUAACGCAGCUCUACGCAAACUCAAUGACCUCAUCAAACGAGCCCGACUCGCCAAGGUACAGGCCUAUAUUAUCAGCUCUCUGAAAAAAGACAUGCCGAGUGUGUUUGGGAAGGAAUCCAAGAAGAAGGAGCUGAUAGCCAACCUGGGAGAAAUCUACCAUAAGAUUGAGAAGGAGCAUCAGAUCUCACCUGGAGAUUUCCCCAAUAUUACCAAGAUGCAGGAGCAACUGAAUGGCCAGGACUUCACUAAGUUCGCAGCACUGAAGCCCAAGCUGCUGGAGGCUGUGGAGGACAUGCUGGCCAACGACAUCGCCCGUCUUAUGGCCAUGGUGCGCCAGGAAGAGGCCGCCAUGCCCAGCCAGUCCGUCAAGGGUGGAGCUUUUGAGGGAACCAUGAAUGGACCCUUUGGCCAUGGCUAUGGAGAGGGUGCCAGCGAAGGCAUCGACGAGCUGGAGUGGGUGGUGGGUCGCGACAAGCCUACAUAUGAUGAGAUCUUCUACACCCUCUCUCCCAUCAAUGGCAAAGUGUCCGGCGCUGCAGCCAAGAAGGAGAUGCUGAAGUCCAAGCUGCCCAACACAGUCCUGGGAAAGAUCUGGAAGCUAGCAGACGUGGAUAAAGAUGGCCUCCUCGAUGACGAGGAGUUCGCCCUGGCCAACCACCUGAUCAAAGUGAAGCUGGAGGGCCACGAGCUGCCACCCUCGCUCCCUGGACACCUGAUUCCCCCAUCCAAACGCGCGUUAGCCCUGGAGGACUAGAGGAGGAGACGGAAGAGGGGAGCCUGGAGACCAGCCAUGUCAAUGCUUUGCAUCAUGCUCAGGACUCUCCAGACAAAAGUCCAACCACAAGCAUGAACAGCAUCGUCCUCCAUCAAGCUGCGAGUCUCCAGGCUUCCUGACACACCACGAGGAGGUAUCGCUGUGAUCUUUUUCACCAGAGAGAGACUGGAGGGGUUCAGUGGGGAGGGGGGAGGGCAGAGGGAGGGCAGAGGGAGGGCAGGUCCAUCUUUGUGCAUUAGGGGAUACUAUUUAGGUAUCUGUUAGAAAUCAAUGACGGGGGAUACAUGAUCUUUUCAUGUACCCAUCAGUUCAUCAUCAGAUCAUGAACUGAACUGAUGGGUAGAUGGAGUUUGCAUGAUGGGGCUGAACAUGGAUUUGUGCAUCCUGUGUAAAAGAUGUCUUUGAAGCAUUCAGUCCAUAUUAUUUGUUGAUCCAAAGAAAUAUAGUUUUUUUUUUUCCAUUUGGAGAGUGAAAAAGGAAAUAAAUCAAAACAGCUGUUAUAAUUGUUUUAUCUAUAUUUUUGUAUUUCCUGACUGUUAACUUUGACUCUUUCCAAAUGUUGCCCUUUUUAUUAUUUUGCCAGAUAAAUAAAAAGGAUUACUGUACCAUCUGA